CCUUACUUUACAGUCAGUAGUUAAAUGCUAGAGGUUUGAACAGGUGUAAUAGCAAUAAUUCAUAUCCAAUAUUUUGUUGAUAUUAUUAAUUAUCAUUGACUAAUUUAUAUUUGAUAUGGCCGAUGCCAAUUUCCAGUGUGUUCCAAUUAUUUCAGUAUCCAAUGAAUCUCGUGAUCCAUUUGCAAAAUCAAAAAAAUUAUUUCUCACUAAGUUUAAUGAUAUUCCUCAGUUUUACGUUCGCGUACCUGGUAGGGUAAAUUUAAUUGGAGAACAUAUCGAUUAUUGCGGUUAUGGGGUUUGUCCGAUGGCAUUAAAGCAAGAUAUUGUUUUAGCUGUAUCUGCAAUACAAACCGAAAAGAAACUAUUUCUCUUUAAUGUAGAUGCUAAAUACCCUAGUUUUGAGUGCGACAUAGAGAAUUUUGAGAUUAAUGUUAACGGAUCGCCAACCUGGUAUCAAUACUUUUUAUGUGGUGUAAAAGGCAUUUUGGAAACUUUACCAACCGAAACACCUCCAAGAGGUGCACAAAUCGUAGUCGAUGGUAAUGUGCCUCAAAGUGCUGGUCUGUCAAGUAGUAGCGCAUUAGUAAGUGCAGCCGCAUUAGCAAUUGCUGCAGUUUAUGAUUUAAAAAUUCCCAAGGAAAAGCUAGCUAAUUUAUGUGCUGCCUCUGAACGUUAUAUUGGUACUCAGGGCGGUGGAAUGGACCAAGCCAUUGCAUUUCUUGCUUCGGAAGGUUGUGCAAAGUAUAUAGAGUUUUGUCCACUCCGAACUACAGAUAUAAUGCUACCACGUGAAGCAGUUUUUGUCAUUGCUCAUAGUUUAGUUGAACUGAAUAAAGCUGCAACAUCCGAUUUUAAUUGUAGAGUGGUCGAAUGCCGCCUUGCUGCUCAGUUGCUAGGUAAAAUCCAAGGUCUCACCUGGCGAGAGGUUCGUACUUUGGGCGAUGUACAAAAGCAACUGGAAUUGACUCUCUCUGAUAUGGUAACAUUAGUAAAAAACUCAUUCCACGAGCAUCCUUACAGCAAAGAAGAAAUAGCCCAAACUUUGGGUGUAACUAUUGACGAUUUAGUCGACAAUUCUUUAACGCUCAAUACGUCGCACGUAAAUGACUUUAAAUUAAGGCACAGGGCUUUGCACGUUUAUGAAGAAGCAAUUCGGGUGCAAAAGUUUUGUGAUAUUUGUAAUAACAAGGAUAAGGAUUCCUUAGUUAAACUGGGACAACUGAUGAGCGAGAGUCACGAGAGUUUGAAGAAUCUGUAUGAGUGUAGCCAUCCUAAGUUGAAUAAAUUGGUUAAUCUGGUUAAAGAUGUUUGUUUCGGGGCACGAUUAACUGGAGCAGGCUGGGGUGGAUGUGUAGUAGCCUUACUAACUUCAGAAAAUGUUCAAAAAUUUAUGGACUUAUUAAAAAAUGAGUAUUACAAAGAUCUUUUGAGGAAUAAUGCCAAACCCUGGGAUGAAGUUAUAUUUGCAACUUCACCUCAUUCUGGGGCUACCAUUUAUAAAGAUUGAUAUUAAAAAAUAUACUUAUAUUUUGUAUGG